UCUCUUCUAACAGGGUACAUCAGAGCCUGCUGUCAUGACUUCAAGGCGGAAAUUGUCCAAGUCCACAGCCCUUGGAGAAAAUCUAUUAGAAGAGUCACCAAAAACAAAGAAGUCUCGGAUAUCUGUUAAGAAAAACACAAUUCCACAAGAUGGCGUUAUAGAGAACAACAGUGUUUUUGGACAGCUCCUCAAGACAGUGGGAAUGACAUUGAAAGCUGGAGAAAGACAGAAUGAAAUUGCUACAGAUGGUGCAAUUUUCCAGAAGAAGCUUAAUCAAGCCUUGAGGAAACACCCUUCUUAUCCACAGGUUGUUGAUGAGUUGGUCAGUGGCUUGGAAUCCCAUAUAGAAAACAGAGAUCAGUUCAGGAAUUGCCUUCUUCCUUGUGCACCUGCACAGAGUCUGGAAAUGAGUAAUGCAGUUAAUACAUACUGUGAAAGUCUCAUUAAACUACUCCUUGGAAUUGAGAUAUUGCAGCCUGCUAUUAUAAGACUAUUGUUUGAGAAACUCCCUGAAUUUUUUCACGAAAUUGUGGGCAGUGAUGGACUCAGUAUGCCCCGGCUCAUUAUCAAUCAGUUGAAAUGGCUUGACAGAAUAGUUGAUAGCAAGGCUCUUGUCUUGACAAUCAUGCAGAUGAUAUGUGUUUCUCCUCUGUCAAUCCAACAUGAUAUUAUCACAUGCUUGCCAGAAAUCCUGGAAGAUUCCCAGCAUGGUGAAGUUGCCAGAGAGCUCAGUUCAUUGUUAAAGGAGAAAACUGAGCUAACUGUUCCAAUUCUGGAUGCUCUUUCCAGUUUGAAUCUUGAUCUGGAGCUUCUUUCUGAGGUCCGUCAGUCUGUCAUGGUCACAGUGGCUGCUGUUAGAGUGGAAGAUUUACCUGUAGUAGUCAAAUUUAUUCUCCAUUCCAUCAAGACCACUGAUGCAGUAGAGGUAAUUUCUGAUCUUCGUAAGAAGCUGGACUUGGAUUCUUGUAUUUCACUCCCACGGAUUCAGGCUUCUCAGAGCAAGCUAAGGAGCCAGCCUCAGGGAAGAGUCUCUGCAAACCAAGUCAACAUCAGUCAGGACAGUGUUAAGCUCCUUUUUGAAGUCAUAAAGUCAGCUGUUAAAUUCCAGAAGACUAUUUUGGAAGCCUGGGUUAAGGCUAUUGAAAAUGUAGCUUCUGCCUCUGAGCAUAAGGUUCUGGAUUUGAUAAUACUGUUAAUAAUCUAUGCAACAAAUGUGAAGAACCAGAAGCAAAUUGAAAAAGUCCUGAAGAACAAGAUUAGGUCAGGCUGUAUGCAAGAACAGUUGCUACAGAAUGCCUUCAGAGAUCACUCACAGGUAAUGAGAGACUUCUUUCCAGCCAUCCUGUCAGUGGCUGAGAUCUUUCUGCACAUAAUGGAUCCCUGUGUUGUCUCUUUUGGCAGCUGCAUGUACAAGCAAGCAUAUGCAACCUUUGACUCAUAUUGCCAGCAGGAGAUUGUAGGUGCUUUGGUGACACAUGCAUGUGGUGGAAAUGAUGUGGAAGUAGAUGUUUCUCUAGAUGUGCUUGUUGACCUGGUGUCUGAACAUACUUCAUCAGUAGUUCCAUAUGCUGUCUUUCUGAAGAGCAUUUUAGAUUAUGUGGAUAAUCUAAGUCCUCAGCAAAUCCGGAAGCUAUUCCACAUCCUUAGUGUACUGGCGUUCAGUCAGGAGCCCAGAAGCAGCCACAUUCAGGACGAUAUGCACAUGGUGAUCAGGAAACAACUCUCCAGCACUAUUGGCAAGUAUAAGUGCACUGGGAUUAUUGGGGCAGUUACUAUGGUGAGCAGCAUGGCGGCAAGAAGGAGUAAAGAAAAUGGGCAUCUAUUGGAAAAAGCACCCCUAAGAAAGGAGCAGUGUAAUCAGAUCACAUCUUUGCUGCAGUUGGUGUGCUCCUGCUGCAAGCAGGUUCCCCAAGCCUUGGCCCUGUACUAUGAUGAACUUGCCAGCUUGGUUCAGAAAGGAAAUCUGGACUUGCAGAUCCUGGAUUGGAUUGAGAAUACUGUGGUGAAGGACUUUGAAGCAGAUUUUGUGACAGAAUUUCCUCCUUCGAGUGGCAAUGUUUCUCUCCUCCCAGUGAAGGCGCUAUAUAGCUUGGAAGAUGAAGAGACUGAGGGAAUGAUUGUUAUUAACCUGUUGCCUCUGCUGUCUCAGAGCUAUCGCAGCAUGGAUGAAACAGUGGACCUAAGUAAGGAGAAAAGGUUAGUGUCACCAGUUUGCCUGGCACCAUUCUUCCGGCUGCUGAGACUCUGUGUCUCAGAGAUGAACAGUGGAAACCUGGAAGAAAUCGACGCCUUGUUGGGAUGUCCUUUAUAUCUGACUGAUUUGCCAGAAGUAGAGAAGUUAGACUCCUUAUCAAAUCAAGAGCGUGAACUCCUCUGUUCACUCUUAUUUUAUACACUUAAUUGGUUCCGUGAGGUUGUGAAUGCUUUCUGCCAACAAGAAGAUCCUGAGAUGAAAGGAAGAGUUUUGGCUCGGCUGCAGAAUAUUACGGAGUUACAGUGUCUGUUAGAAAAAUACUUAGCGGCAAACCCUGGCUAUGUUCCUCCUGCUGCUAAUUUUGAUUCUGAAACCUUGGAUGGAGUGCCUGUUAUCAGUACUGUUGUUCCCACCAAAAAGAACAGCAAAGGAAGGAAAAGGAAAAAACCUGACAGCAGCAAAAACAGCUCUACCGACAAUUCACAGUGGGAUGAAAACACAGAGUCAAAUCAGCCUGAAGCUGAAACCAGUCAGCCAGAAAAGGACUCCAAAGAGAGUGAAUCAGGGGCCCCUUUGGUACAACUGCAGAAUUAUAGUGCAUAUUUUCGUGAAUUAGACUUUGAAGUUUUUACCAUCCUUCACAAUGAGUUGCUGACCAAGUCUGUUCUGGACACAGAGAUGCAUACAAAGACCCGUGAGGUGGUACAGAUAGGGCCCGCAGAGAUCCUGUUCCUUCUUGAAGAUCUGUGCCAUAAACUGGAACGAGUACUGAUACCAACAUCUGCAAAGAGAGCCCCUUUUUUAAAGGGAAAAGGAAGCAGGAAUGUUGGAUUCUCACAUCUUUAUCAAAGAUCAUCUCAAGAUGUAAUGAAGUGUGCUGUACAACUGUUGAAGCCGCUGUGUAACCACAUGGAAAAUAUGCACAACUUCUUCCAGGUGCUGCUUGCAGAGAAUCAUGGUGUGGUCGAUUCACCUGGAGUAAACAUUCAGGAACACCAGCUUAUGUCCUCCUGUUAUCAGCGAUUACUGCAAGUCUUUCAUCUCCUCUUUGCAUGGGGUGGAUUUUCUCAACAUGGAAAUCAUAGCUUGCUGAAAACAGGCCUCCAAGUCCUUGCACACAGACUCAAGCCAAGGGAGAAGGAGCUUCCUCUUGAGGAACUGCUCAGACAGAGUUUUCAGUAUUUGCAGAAUUUCCAGCACAGCAUCCCCAAUAUUUAUUGUGCACUAAGCCUCACUCAGCUUCUGCUUGUCAUUGCUGAAAAAUCUGCGACCAACCUGAAAAAUGAUAAAAUAGCUUCCAUCACUAAACAAUUUCUCUGCCAAUCUUGGGUAGAGCCCACUGGAAUUCGUCAGAAGGGCAAGCAGUUUAAUGAUGCUCUUCACACUUUGUUCUGUAUCUAUCUGGAGCACACAGACAAUGUAUUGAAAGCUAUAGAAGACAUUUCCAGCAUUGGGAUUCCAGAGCUGAUUCAUUCUUCUAAAGAUAACUACUCAUCUACUUACCCUACUUUGACCAGGCAAACAUUUCCAGUUUUCUUCCGAGUGAUGAUGGCUCAGCUAGAAGGCUCAGUGAGGAACAUUUCUGCUGGAAGAUCAUCAGAGGCUAGUGAGGUACAGCUAGAGAAGCUACUACUUUGGAACAUGGCUGUGAGGGAUUUCCACAUCCUUGUUAAUUUAGUUAAGGUAUUUGACAGUAGGCCUGUGCUCAAUGUUUGUUUGAAGUAUGGUCGUUUGUUCAUGGAAACAUUCUUGAAACUUGGUAUGCCCCUCUUGGAUCACAGCUUUAAAAAACAUAGGGGAGAUGUUCAGAGUUUGCUGAAAACUUUACAGCUGAGCACCAGACAACUCCACCACAUAUGUGGCCAUUCCAAGAUUCAUCAAGACACAGGACUCACCAGCCACAUUCCUCUGUUGAAGAAGACUCUUGAGCAGUUUGUAUACCGAGUGAAAGCAAUGCUGGCUCUAAAUCAAUGUCAGGAGGCUUUUUGGGUGGGUGUCCUCAAAAACAGAGACCUGCAGGGAGAAGAGAUCCUAUCACAAGCAUCCCAAGAAAGCAAGGAAGAGGAAGAAGAUUCCAUGCUCUCCAGGGAGAAUCCUACAGAGAAAGAGAGAGAGGAGGAAGACUCGGAGAGUGAUAGUAAGACAGAUACCAGAGACAGUGAUGAAGACAGCUCUGAUUAGGCUUAACCAUACUGGGUUAACUCUUCACAAUACUGUCAAUUACAACCUAACCUGAAGGUUCUGGAGCUGUUGUGAUUCUGAUAAGUUGUAUAAUAGUACACCAAGGCAUGCUAAUACAAGGUGAAUUAUGAACUGGACUUUUAUAAGGCCUGAUUUCAUUCUUGUUUAACAUUCAGUUCUUUAGAAAGGUUUUUGUUUUAAAAUGCAAGCACAUAGCACUUCUUGUGCUGACUUCCACCUCAAAAGCAGGUUGCUUUAUGUUUUCAUUUUAUCAAUAGCACUACUUUUAUUUACUUUUUAACCACAAUCCAAAGCUGAGUUGUGUUCUUAAGCACAUGCACCUAACUGUAUUUUGGACUAGUCUUUGUACUUCUGCACUUUUAGAAGAAAAUGUCUUGCUUUCUUUAAAAAAUUAUUUUAUAGAAAUGUUUAUUUUGGAACCUGCUUAUUUCAAGUUUUUAGUGCUGGUUCAUAUAAAUGUUCUACACGUUUUUUGCUGUGCUAUAUGCAGGAACUUGCAUAAAGAUAUUUUGACUUUCAUUCACAUACCUAUAGAAUAAAGUAUAAAAUUCUACCGUUA